AUAAGUUAGGAUAUAUGUCUGAGAGGAACGCAGAGCGGCUUUUUGAACUCUGGAAAAAGCUGUUCUGAAAACACCAGUUGGGCUUGAGUGAAAAAAAGUUAACCUUGUGACCAGAGUAGUAACAAGCUUUCGUUGCGAUAAUUUAACACAAGGUCAGUCAUCAUGGCUGCAGCAUACGACCCUGCCGAUCCCGACUUCGAAUAUUUGGCAGUUGACAGAAAGAAGUUGCUUGCUGAACAGACUCAAUCUUUUGAUGGUAAAAAGGCAUGUUGGGUUCCAGAUGAGAAGCAUGCUUUUCUACCAGCUGAAAUCCAAAGCAGCAAAGGUGAUGACAUCACUGUCAAGAUCACCACCAACAAUGACAUCAGAACCGUCAACAAGGAAUCAAUCAUGCAAAUGAAUCCUCCCAAAUUCGAGAAAAUUGAGGAUAUGGCUAACUUGACCUAUUUAAAUGAAGCUGCUGUACUUUACAACUUAAAAGCCCGCUACCAAGCAGGUCUUAUUUACACUUAUUCUGGUCUUUUCUGUGUUGCCAUCAAUCCUUACCGACGUCUUCCAAUUUACACAUUGAGUGUUAUUGGUAAAUACAGGGGUAAACGAAAGUUGGAAAUGCCUCCCCAUUUGUUCUCCAUCGCUGACAACGCCUACCAGAACAUGUUGCAAGAUCGUGAAAAUCAGUCUGUUCUCAUCACUGGUGAAUCUGGUGCCGGUAAAACUGAAAACACCAAGAAAGUCAUUAUGUACUUUGCUCACGUCGCUGUGGGUCAACACAAAGACAAGGAAGAAGAUGAAGAAAAGAAGGACAAAAAGAAGGGAACACUGGAAGAUCAAAUUGUUCAAGCCAAUCCAGUACUCGAAGCUUACGGUAACGCCAAGACAACCCGUAAUAACAACUCUUCAAGAUUCGGUAAAUUCAUCCGUAUCCAUUUUGGUACCCAAGGUAAAAUCUCUGGAGCUGAUAUUGAACAAUACUUGUUGGAGAAAUCUCGAGUAACCUUCCAACAGCCAGCUGAGAGAAACUACCACAUUUUCUACCAAUUGUUGUCAAAUGCUGUUCCACAAAUCGUAGAGAAAAUGUUAGUUAACCCUGAUCCAUCAUCGUAUAGUUUUAUCAACCAAGGUUGUAUCACCGUUGACGGUAUUGAUGACAAUCAAGAAAUGAAAGAUACAGAUGUUGCCUUUGAUGUCUUGGGAUUCUCAGAAGACGAGAAGAGCAGUUUGUACAAAUGUACUGGUUCUAUCAUCCAUUUUGGUGAAAUGAAAUUCAAACAAAGACCAAGAGAAGAACAGGCUGAAGCUGAUGGUACCGCUGAGGCCGAGAAAGUCGCUUUCUUAUUGGGUAUCAACUCUGGUGAUUUGGUCAAGAGUUUGUUGAAACCCAAAAUCAAGGUCGGAAGCGAAUACGUCACCCAGGGUAGAACUAAAGAUCAAGUUGUAUACUCUGUUGCUGCUUUAUCUAAAUCCAUUUACGAUAGAAUGUUCAAAUGGAUGGUCUUCAGAGUCAACAAAACUUUGGAUACCAAAGCCAAGAGACAAUUCUUCAUCGGUGUACUGGAUAUUGCUGGUUUUGAAAUCUUCGAUUUCAACAGUUUUGAACAGUUAUGUAUCAACUACACCAACGAACGUCUUCAACAAUUCUUCAACCAUCACAUGUUCGUGUUGGAACAAGAAGAAUACAAGAAAGAACAAAUUGAAUGGACAUUCAUCGAUUUCGGUAUGGACUUGCAAGCCUGUGUUGAUCUUAUUGAAAAGGUGGGUUCUUACGAAAUUACGUAA